CGCGAGCGUCAUCGUGAUCGUGAUCGUGAUGGCCACGAACGACGCCGUCGUUAAGGAUUUUCCAUUAGGAUUUGUCUUGGCAUACCCACAUUCAGGAUUCAUCCAGCGACCGGCAUUGUUUUGGCGUUUUUCUUUACUGUGAGCUUCCGAGGAGUACCGUGCAAUAUCUGGAUCAUUUGCCUCGGGAGCGUGCCCAGUCAUGGAACCAGACCAUUGUUUAGAAGGACACUCCAUUGUUAUUGCCAUGGGCUUGCCAUCUGGAUCGCAUAUUCAUUCCGCAUUUCUGUUCGGGUGGGUAUCUAAAAUUGAUAGAGCGUGUUGGGGCCGGUCCAGGCAGCAGGAGAGGAGUUUGUAUAUACCACGGCAGGCAUCUACAACGGGAAGAUCUUCACCUUUCAGUCCACUGUCUUUUUCCACAGGAACAUUCCAACGGCGAUCACUGACUUGCAGGCCUCAUGACGAUCUUAUGACAGGUACAGUUGAAUGUUCCGGAAUGGAUCCAAACCUGGCAUGGAGUUCCCGGAUAGGAUUCCCGUGCGUUCUUUCCCAUAGGCAUGACCGAAUAUUCCCACGGAUUCCAAAUUGCCGGCUUCUUAUACUUCUUUUUGACCUUUACAUCACAUUCGAACCACAAUCCGUCGUUUUCCAGCACAUAUCGAGAGCUACCCAGUUGAAAAUCAGCAAUAUCCUGGGAAUGGUGUCAAGCCCUGAACAAGACUUCUCUCGCGGUUGUUCUCCUCAUUCGCGCCACUCAAUCACAUAUUCUUGACAGCAUAUCAUUUGCUCAACUUCAGACAACAGACUCCACUCCUAUCCUACUGGAAUAUACAGAUGUUCCUCAGGUAUCCGUCAACUUUCCAGCCAUGUUGUGAGGAACCAACCGACAUUGGCAUGGACAAGACACAAAUCGUUUUUCCUUCAUACAUAGCAAAGUUUUGGGUACUCCCUCUCCACGCGUGUUUAGGCUAUCCGAUCCACACGGGUUUCCCGUCAUCAUACGUACCAAAGGCUACUUUCUCGCUUGCUCCACGUUUGUUCCCAAGGCGUCACUUUCUACGGAUCUUCCCAAGGCUUCACGUCACCUCUCGCUCACCGAGCCGUCAUG